AUGAAGGGCUUCAGGCAAAGGGUCUCCGAACAGCUCUCGCGGAGCAAGGACAAGGACAGCAAGUCAUCUAAGAAGAAGGACUCGACCUCCGGGACGGCCUCGCCCUCACUCGGAGCAUCCAACUCGCCCUCUGGCUCGGCUCAGGCCACGCCUUCCUCGUCGCAGACGCAGCUCACCGAUGCGCGCAGCAAGAGCCACCCUGGCAGUGUUGGCAACGCUGGCGCUUCAGGUCCAGGCACGCCUUCUAGGCUCGGGCAGCCACUGGCACCCAGCGUUGUCAUCAGCCCAAGCGCUCCCCACGUUCCCCCUCCUGGUGCCGCCGAAACCAUGCCGAGUGACCUUGCGCCUCCCAAGGCGGGCCAGAAGUCGGGCAUAUUCGACCGUCUUCAAGCAACGCCCAAGGACGCCAUCGAGGGCAUUCGAACGCCGAAACGCCAGCAUUCGUCGCGCUUCGACAUCUCAGACCAGCGCCAGCGCGAGUUGGAGAAGCUGCCCGGUUUUCACGAAGUGCCCCCCAAUAAACGCGAGGAGCUCUUCAUGCAAAAGAUUGACCAGUGCAACAUCAUCUUCGAUUUCAACGAUGCUAGUGGUGACAUGAAGUCCAAGGAGAUCAAGCGCCUGGCCCUGCACGAGCUGCUCGACUAUGUCGCCAACAACCGCCAGGUCAUCACCGAGAAGAUGUACCCGCGUGUAGUCGAGAUGUUCGCCAAGAACCUCUUCCGUCCCAUUCCUCCCCCUAUGAACCCCCAAGGCGAGGCCUUUGAUCCCGAGGAAGACGAGCCCGUCUUGGAGGUAGCGUGGCCGCACAUUCAGGUCGUCUACGAGUUCUUCCUUCGUUUCAUUGAGAGUCAGGAUUUCAACACAAACAUUGCCAAGGCAUACAUAGACCACAGCUUCGUGCUCAACUUACUCGAGCUAUUCGAUUCUGAAGAUCCCCGAGAACGCGAUUUCCUCAAAACUACGCUGCAUCGCAUAUAUGGCAAAUUCCUCAACCUUCGUUCGUACAUUCGUCGUUCCAUCAACAACGUCUUCUUUCAAUUCAUAUACGAAACGGAGCGCUUCAACGGCAUCGCUGAAUUGCUCGAAAUUCUUGGUUCCAUCAUCAACGGUUUCGCUCUGCCAUUGAAGGAGGAGCACAAGCUCUUCCUCACUAGGGUGCUCAUCCCGCUGCACAAAGUCAAGAGUCUGAGCAUGUAUCAUCCACAGUUGGCGUACUGCAUCGUCCAAUUCUUGGAAAAAGAUGCAGCGUUGACAGAAGAGGUAGGGACAUACGCCAGAUCCAAUAGGCUAGGCUUACAUGUUCAGGUUGUUUUGGGUCUUCUCCGAUAUUGGCCAAAAGUCAACAGCACCAAAGAGGUUAUGUUCCUCAACGAAGUCGAAGACAUAUUCGAGGUUAUGGACCCCGCCGAAUUCGCCAAGGUGCAAGAGCCGCUCUUCAAUCAAUUAGCAAAGUCGGUCGCCAGCCCCCACUUCCAGGUCGCCGAGAGAGCGCUUUACUUCUGGAACAACGAAUACUUCUGCAAUCUUGUCAGCGAUAAUGUUGAAGUCAUCCUGCCGAUUAUGUUUGCACCACUUUACGAAAACUCAAAGGGUCAUUGGAACCGCACAAUUCAUGGUAUGGUUUACAACGCCAUGAAGCUUUUCAUGGAAGUGAACCCACAGCUCUUCGACGACUGUUCGCAUGAUUAUGCGGAGUCGCAGAACAACGCAACGCAAAGGCAGCAAAGUCGACAAGAUCGCUGGGAUCGACUUACUAAGCUUGCCGAAUCACGGUCAAAUGGGACGGCGGAUAAGUCCGCGAUGCGCUUGGACGACUCGGAUCCACUGAGUCAAGGACGAUUGGAGAAUCUCCAUCUGCAAGACGAGACGGCACCGAGAGACAGGCGGCCGAAGGAAUAUGAGCGUCAAGGCAGCCAAACCUCGGUACGUUGAUUCUUAAGUCCCUAGAACUCGGGAUGAGCUUUCUCUGUGGCCGAAUCGAUGUACUCUUAAUUCUAUUCCUAGAUUCCUAGGGUUUUUUCCU